CCAACCAGGCGGUGUGUUGUGCCGCAAGCAAAGCCAAAUAUAAUUCACUAUGUUGCGUGAUAUCUGGAAGCUAGCAUGUGUAUACUGACUCGCCUCUCGGCUUUUAACAUUUCCCAGGAUGCGAGCGUGUCCCUGGUGGACCCUGCAGGGGCUGAGACGGUCAGGAACACGGCAUAAAUCUGAUCAAUGUGCCGGUCGCAAAAUAUCAUCCCGCUGAAUGAGAACAAUGACUAUGAGUAUAUAGACAGUCAACCCAGACGAACAGUUUGAAACUAGGAUCAUGGCCAAGGAGGUUAUCGUGAACGCCUCUGUACCUUUAUAUACUGAAAUAAAUGCCGCUGGAUCUGCACCGAGUGUCAAUGGAAACAACAAUGUGACUGACGUGACACUGUCAUUGGAGUGUGCUGGCUUGUUACGGAAUAGUACCGCUGUCCUGCACAUCGACCCGGACACAGAGGGUUACACACCGGUUGUCAUCUCACUGUCGUUUCUAGUGGCCCUUUUGAGCUUUGGAACUGUUUUAUCCAACGCACUGGUCAUUCACGUCAUACGGGCUGACCGGACACUACACACGGUGAGUAACUGUUUCGCCAUGAGUUUAGCCGCGGCCGAUCUCCUCGUUGGGUUACUGGUCGUACCUUUCUAUGCACUCGAUGUCCAUGUGUCCGAACAAUGGCAUGAGCACAUUCCGGCACACACUAUUUGGGUUACGCUUGACUUUCUAUUGACCUCAUGCAGUAUUCUCAACCUUGUACUACUCAACCUCGACCGUUUCUGGUCGAUCACCUCACCCAUGAAAUAUAUGCGUCAACGGACUAAACGUCGUGCCCUAUUCCUCAUUGUCUUAGUAUGGGGCUUGUCGAUCUUGCUGACUAUCGUUCCCGCAGCUAUAUGGCCGUACGCCUUUAGGGGCGUCUUGGUGCCCACUAAGAGCCGGUUUGUGUGUUUCGGUUCGAGUGCCUGGCUGAUGGCCGCGUGUGCAGUCUGCAUUUACUUCAUUCCGCUCACUCUUCUCUGUGCAAUAUAUUCACGUAUAUUCAGGGCGAUACACCAACGACACAAGAUGGACUUGGGUCGUUCAAGCAUCGCAAGUAACAUGUCGAACCGCUUCGGGGGAUCUAAACGCGGGAGCGAUGUCAACCAACAAGGGUUUAUCAGUGAGCAGGAAUUACAGAGGUUGAGGAACAUCUACGAGAAAGCACUGUGCCGGGAACGAGGUGAGAGGCACCUGACCGCUAUGGUGAGAAAGAAGAAGGGCUACAGCCCCGGGGUGCACCUCAAACGCUACGAAAGCAUCGACGAGGAAAAGGAAGGAAUCGACGAAUCGUGUGAACAGGAUCCAUUUAACUCGGAAAUUAGCGAAGAUCAGAACACAUUAUGCGGCAAGUCUCACCAGACCAAGGUAGGGGUCAACAACAUUGUCAAUAAAUUACACGUGACGCGUUCCGUGGAUGAUAUUUUCAAACAGCCGAACCGAAGCACCCCGAACGCUUACGAGACUUUGAGCGUGCUGCCCAAGAUUAAAGUGCCGCGAAUUUUGGCCGGCAUUGAGUCAAGCAUGGACGUGAUACGCGAACGCGAUGGUAGCUGGUGUAGCUCCAAAUCCAAUAAGUCGGUUACCAGCGAAGACCGGAAGGGCGCGGAUAACACCUCCAACCACUCCCAGGAAAUCGCAAGUGCACUUGCCGCAGGGAGGAGGACAAGUUCUCCCACCAGCGGGCUCUUACAUUCUCCGAAAGACCGCAGCCCCACGGGAUCAAACCACUUGAGCGUGAGCGUAACCGAGAACAUAGCCUCCAACUUCCUGCAAGUUUUGUCACCCGACUUGCCACUCGAUAUUCAGAAGCGUUGGAGCUCGCCGCCCAUCUGCAUCGAGGACCCGGCCUCGGAGCCUGACGACACCGACCAGACCCCGGACGAUGCCAUCGCAGCGGAGGAAAACGACAACGACGACAACGAGUCAGUUACGACAAUCACGAAGAGAAAACGAUCGGACUCUGGAGAGGGCGCCCUUGCUCGACUGCGGGCUAACUCCAGCGAGAUGAUACGGCGUGCAUCACCUCGGCUGGCGCGAAAGGAGGAAGGUGAUACGGAGAGUCUACUGAACACGGAAAGGAAAUCCUCCCUUGGGAAUGGUUCCUUCUACCGUGAGAGCUUCCAGAGUAACCGCUUGAUGACCCAGAAACAACAGAACGCACGGACCUCUUUCUCGCUCGAUCUCAUCACCGGGACCCGGAGCGACAGCGGUUACGCGAGCGACUGCGGCUUCCGCCGGCCGGGAAGCCUCGGCGUGACCACCAGUAUCAAAAAAGAGCGCAGAGCGUCCCUGUCGUUUCCCAUAGACAGCGCCACCAUGGGGUCACUGACAUCCAGGGUGAGAACAUCUUUCAGUAACUCAUUCAGCGCAAUCAGUGGCCGCGGAACCAAAGCCCUGACGCUUCUUAAGAAACAGGAUAAAGCGGCCAAGCAGCUGGGCUUCAUCCUCGCAUGUCUCUUGGCUUGCUGGACGCCGUAUUUCCUCCAAGUUCUCAUCUAUGCCUUCUGUUCGGACUGUGGUGACGUCACAGCCAUGACAAUUGCCGUCUUUCUUGGGUACACGCACUCGUUGUGCAACCCGAUCCUAUUCACCUUGUUCAAUCCGAGGUUCCAGCGGUCGUGCAGAAGAAUACUGUUCCCGUGUCGUUCUCGGGAAGAGAGCCCCCGGGGAUGUCCGGUCGUACCACCAUCUAUGAUAUAAGUACAUUGAUCAUUAUCCUUCAUCUUGUUUUUAAAGGCACUGGAGACUAUUGGUAAUUACUCAACAUAGUUUUGAGCAUAAAAACUGACUUUGU